GUUGCUUCUCAUGUUGGCAAUGGUAUCAUAUAUCUCAUGGUUGACAUGGAGGCUCUGGUCCACAACCACCACCCUUUACCAUUUGAUUCAACCAGUCAGUCACCCAUCGCCCUCAGGUUCACCCAAAUCCACCGGGCUUCCAGACUCUUGGUUGCCCAAAUAAAUGAGAGGAGGAUUUCUAACUUCUAA